AUGUCUUACCGCCGCUCAGCCCUCUACCGUUUGCGUGGCGUCAUCGUGCUGCUCGUCUUCCUGCUCAGCAUCUUCUACCUGACCUCCCACCACCACCACCGCCCUGCCCCCCACGCAGACUUCCCCUCCAUCAUCACCUGGAUCAGCGACGGCGGCUACGAGAUCCUGCUGCCCACCAAGCAGGACGUCAAGCCUCGUGCCACCGGGCCCCCCGCCGCCCAUCAUGACUCUGAUGCCGCCUUCCUCCUGGACGAGCCCGGCCCCCACCAGAAGCCCAUGGACCCCCUCGAGCGCGAGUUCUUCUCCUGGAGGAACGAUGACUACGAGAUGAAGAAGAAGCCCCCGCCCAAGCCCCCGCGCCAGCCCGCCAAGCCCAUCCCCGACCCCUUCCCCUUGCUGUCCCGGGACAACCCCGCCGACGUCGCCCGCCAGCUGCGCGCCAGCGUGCCCGACAUCAACCGCCCUCCUCACCCCCACGUCCCCGAGGACACGCCCCUCCUCAUCGGCUUCACCCGCAACUGGCCCCAGCUGCUCCAGUGCGUGUCCAGCUACAUCACCGCCGGAUGGCCCCCCGAGGACAUCUACGUCGUCGAGAACACCGGCGUCAUGUACUCCAACCGCGACAACCUCCUCACCCUCCAGAACCCCUUCUACCUGAACCACUCGCAGCUUGCCAUGCUGGGCGUCAACGUCAUCGUCACCCCGACCCUCUUCACCUUUGCCCAGCUCCAGAACUUCUACGCCUGGACCGCCCUCCAGCGCAACUGGUCAGACUUCUUCUGGUCCCACCAGGACGUCGUGGCCUUUUCAUUCGAGAAGGAGUUCCGCCCCCACGCUGACGGCUCCAAACACGUCGCCAACUACUCGCUCUACGCGAGGGCCGUUGCCAUCAUGCGCUAUCUUCACCAGCCCGGCAUCCCAAAGUGGGCCCACCACUUCUUCGCCUACGACCACCUGACCCUGGUCCACCGGGAUGCCAUCUUGGACGUCGGCGGUUGGGAUACACACAUCCCCUUCUACGCCACCGACUGUGACAUGUACGACCGCCUCCAGUGGGCAGGCUACUUCCAAGGCUCGACCCAGAUCGGCAUCAUUAUCGACACCUCGACGACGCUCGACAAUAUAGCCGCCUUCUUCCGGAUACCCGGCAUCCAUGCAACGUUUGCCGGUGACCCGGGCCCUGCCGAAGCACAACAGGACGAGGACAAGACAGCCAAGGAUCCGCCGAGACCCGACGAGUCGAACAGGUCCGAGUCGGACGCCAAGGAGAUUGAGCGCAAGAGGCUGGUGGACGAGCAGGGAGAGACCAUCGAGCAGCUGGUUGACAUAGCCUACCGGAUGCAGGCCGUCAAGUACAUAGACGGCGGCUGGUGGCGGAACAUGUGGCAGCUCCGGCAGGGUGGGGGUGAGGGCGAGCCCUUCUACAGGGACCCCGAGGGCUUCCAGGUAGGCCUGGACAUGAUGAUCGAGACGGGCAGGCGCGUCUUCUCGGAGAAGUACGGCCACCGCGGAUGCGACAUUGCCUUCAUGGGCAUCAGGGCCGAGGACGCGUGGCGCAUAGAGCGGGACUGGGACCCCGCGUCGGAGGGCUCUGGCAGCGAUGGACCGUACUGGUAA